UCAUGAUAAGCGAGUGCAAGGCUCAGGAAUAUUUCGUGAUUGAUUGAUUUUCACUCGUUUUUUCAUGGCUGAAAUUAACAUUUUGGCAUAUAAGUUUAAAGAGUUUUUUUUUGUUUUUUAAGAUUAUCUCUUAAAUCAUUCAACUCUUUACGUAGCCUAAUUGUAGCCUAUGGUAGGCUACGGCGUUUAGGACCUGUUUGACAUCAGAUGGCGAUGGGUAUAUAGUCAAUUUCGCUUUGACUGAUCACAAUCAGUAACUUUAUGUAGCCUAAUUUGUGUCAGAAGUGCAAUUCCGGGAAUUUCUUCUGAAAAUCGUGAACAGCAGUGACACUAAUUUUUCAGACAACAAAUAGAAAAGUUAAAUGACCUGUCGUGUAUCGUUUCCUACUCAUCCUUUCAUGAAGAUGACCAAGAUUGAAAGACUGAAUGCACGGGUUUCUAAACUGCUGACCGCAGCAGUCCACGAGGUGCUGGAGGUGGUAAAGGAUACGGUGUCGGAGUACCAAGAAAAAACCGCUCGAACUCAGAGGGAGAACGAGAGACUAAGGAAGAAACUCGAGGGACUACAACAAUGGUUUGAUCGAGAAUUGUCACGGGUGUCCAGAGCACGUCCUCCAUUGCAGGCCAGCCAAUCAGAGCAGUCCAAAUGCUCAUGUAAACAACUACCGUCCUCUGAGGCAUCGGGCAAGCCAGAGCUGGAGUCCAGAGCGACUUCUGCAGAUGAAGUGAAGAAUCAUCUGGAGUUAAAGGUAGAAUCCAUCAUCAGCGUUGAGCAAGUGGCUCUUUCAUGUGUCACCGUGGUGGAUACAGAAAGUGACAGCUCUGCUCACUCACAAUCUGUGAACUCAAAGGACACCUCAGCACAUGCAGAAAGUGUAGUGUUUCCCAAUGGACGCUCAUCACUGGCUAACUCCACCUCACUCACUCAGCAAGGGAUGCCAGCCGACGUCAAUAUCAUCAAAGCGGAGCCCGACCUUCUGGAAUAUUCCCUCUCCCAGCAACCCGUGCCUUCACACCAGCUGUACGACCACGAGGAACCCACCCCAGAUUAUGCCCUUAACGCAGCACAGAACGAUGUCCAGGAGUUAGAUCUCCUGCAGCACAGCUCUGAUACUUCAGAAGUGCCACACUACAUUCAUUCUGACACAUUCAAUGCCUUUGUGGAGUCGUUCCCCCUCAAUCAGGCCCAGCAGCAGCAACAGCAGCAGCAGCAGCAGCAGCAACAUCAUCGGCGUUUCUCUGGCCAAGAGGAGAGCCACCGCUGCCUGCUGUGCGGCAAGAUCUUCAGUCGGCUGAGUGGCCUUCGCAUCCACCAGCGCUGCCACACGGGCGAGAAGCCGUACACGUGUGGCCACUGCGGCCGGCGCUUCAGCCUCGCCGGGAACCUGCAGAAGCACAAGCGUGUGCACACCGGCGAGCGGCCGUAUGGUUGCCAACAGUGUGGCAAAAAGUUCCGACAGUUGAUCCACCUCAAGACGCACCAGAGGAUCCACAGCUACCGCCACCUCAGCUUCUGAGGCGUCUUGCUUGAUGUUAACUAAUUUAACAUCAGGAUUUUAAUUUCAACAUUGAUACAGACUUUUUGAAAAGAUAUUCUUGUAGACAAUGUUGUUAUUAGGUUUAUUUAACAUGAGAAAGGGGUAGGACAAUGACAUCAGAGGAGCCAGCAAAAAUAAGGGCAAUUUACUAUUUAUCGUUAUUUUCACUAUUUAUAAUCCUUUCCACUGAUGCACAGAUACGGACCUAUGGACCUAAGAAAGCUUGAAAACACAAGACUUAAACUAUGUAUUUUGUUUGUUUCCAAUUUAUGUUGCAAUAUAAGUCCUUCUGGGGCAUGUCAUUUCCACAUGUGUUUGGCUGUUGUUGGUUGUCAUUGGCUGUAGAAUGUUAUAAUGUUGAAACACUUACAUAAAAAAGAAUACUCAUACUUUUUAAACAUUUAGUUGUUUAGAGUGUUACCUUAAAUUGUGGUAUUAAUGGUAUACAAUUUGUCAAUUAGACCAAAAUAUCUGAUGUGGCAUGCAGUGGUUGCAUUGGAUUUCUGGAGAAAAAACAUCUGAAUAAAUUAAAUGCAGUUUUGCUUCAUAUUUCCAAAAACCACUAAAUGUGCAAACCUAACUGUCCAGGUUAUUUACCUAAGUACUGCUAGACCACAAAUUUGACGGAAUAAGAACUGAAUGCUUUA